GGUCAUUCGCCAACAUGCCACGGCGCCGACGGCGGCUGUAUGACGACGGCGGCGUGCCGCAGCUUCCCCCGGAGCUAAUCCAGCGCAUCGCACUGUAUGUCCCGGAGACUGCGAACUUCUUCUGCUACCUCGAGGCUUUUCAUAAGGUGCCACUGCUGCUGGGAAACUUAUGGUACCUGUGGCACCUCAGCCAAGAACAGCCCGACCUCGACGACCUGUGGCCCGAGCUGCACGUCCACAGCUUGACGUCGUCAAAUCUGGCGUCAAUCCAGGCCAUGGCGCAUGUGUUUUCCGUGAUUCACUUCCACGAGACGUUUGAUGUCGGGUUGCUGCAGCACUGUGUCUCGUCAACAUGCGCCUUCACCAUUCGUCUCACAACCACUGAUGCCGAUCACAUUCUGGAACCAGUCGAGGAAUGGUACGCUCAAUUGUCCCGCCUGCCGAUCUCGGAGCUGCGGUGGGAACGAGCCAGUGAUCCCGAUCACCGCCACAUUGCGGCGCUGGUGUCAUCGAUGCCUUCCAUGCCGUCGUUGCACUGCCUGGACCUGAGAUUACCACCUUCCAUGAUCGAGCCCCUAUUGCGCUAUGUUGCGACAUCGUCCCUUGUCGAUCUCAGCUUGCAGGCCCAGGCGCUGCAAACAGACAGCGGCGUAUCUUUGACCCCCACGGACAUUCAGAGUCUGACCCACUGGCUUCAAAGCCAGCCCGUGCACAACCUGUACCUCGAAGGAUGGAGUGCGUGGCACGUUCCUGAGACCAUCAUGGCCCAGUUUUACACUGCUCUAUGGUCCAACCAGUCAUUGUGGGCACUCGGCCUCCACUCGGUGCCGCUGCCCCAUCUGGACGACUUCACCUUCGCAUCGCCAGUGCACGUCCAUUCGCUCGUCUUGCAAGGGUGCGACCUCGGACCUGCCGACAUGAAAGCGCUUUCGCAAGGAUUGCAUCUGUCGUCGGUCACAGAACUGGACUUGACUGGCAACCCGCUCGAGUACACUGGCAUCGACGCCCUUGCCAGCGUCCUUCCACACACCAAGAUCGAAACACUCAAACUCAUGCUCACUCAAACUGGCGACCGCGGCUGCGCUGCGCUCGCCGUCGCGCUCCCGCUGUCGUGCGUGGUGGACCUGGACCUGUCGAUGAACCUCAUCUCGUCCGUCGGCGCCACGGAUUUGGCCCACGGGCUGUCCCAAUCCGCCACUCUGUCGACACUUCAACUUCAGAGCAAUUGCAUUUCAUCGACUGGCGCGGCCAUGUUGGUUCGAACGCUCGGGUCACGACCUGUGCCAACCACGCUGGACUUGAGAAACAACACGUGGGACCACGACCAAGCGUUGAGGGAGAUGGUGGACCAGCUGCCCUGUACACACGUCGUCGCCCUGCACACGAAUUCGAGUACCGAUUGUAGCCUCGAUUGACGCGAACAACCAAGUCGUGCGUGCAUGUUCGUGUCAAGGGUGUUAGUAAGUUUGGUUAGGGGUUCACUGUAAUUCUACCACGUUGUUUGUGGUUGAGUCGUGUGUGUACGAUAUCACCGC